AUGUUAACUACUUCUUUCAAACUGCUGUGGUUUCACUCUCUUUAUGGAUUCAUUUUGAUGCAUUUUUCCUUUUCAAGAAGUGAUUGCAAUGGUAAAUUAAGCCUGAGCUUAACAGAUCCUUUUAAGUCAUGGUCUUCCCUGCUCUGGCUUACCUGUAGGAUUGACCCUGCACCCAUUCACAAUACUAGUAGUGAUAAAGUACUGUUAUUUCCAAAGGAAGAGACUUGUUUCAGAAAAGUAAUCCAAGUAUGUAACAGCAAAUUAUUUUCUCAAGGUAAUGAUGGACUCAGUUUGUCAGUGUAA